UUCUGCUGUUGUCGCCUCACUGUAAACGUGCUGUGACCAAGAUGUUAUGCAGAGGAUGUCUUCAACAGCUACAGAAAACCCAGACCAGAACAGCUUUCAAUAUCUUCCAGAAAUGGGGCAAAAAAGCAGAGCCAACAACACCCAGUAACUUCUCAAUUGUUCAGGCAGGAAAGGUGAGCCCAAUGAGAACUGUACCAGAAGGGAUAGAGAUGCCAGAUUAUGCACAUGCAGGCAAACCGGUGAUUGCUCCACAGAGAAAGGUUUUCAUCUUGGAUCAUGAAUCUAUUCAAUGUAUGAGAGAGGCUGGUAAACUCGGCAGGAAGCUCCUAGAUCUUACAGCAUCAUAUAUUCAGGUCGGGGUCACAACAGAUCGUUUGGAUGAAGUUCUUCACCAGGCCUGCAUAGACAACAAUGCCUACCCAUCCACUCUCAACUACAACUGCUUCCCCAAGUCCUUGUGUACAUCAGUCAAUAAUGUGAUGGUCCAUGGCAUUCCUGAUGAUAGACCGUUAGAAGAUGGGGAUAUUAUCACUGCAGAUAUCACGGUGUUCUUGAAUGGUUUCCAUGCUGAUCUAUCAGAAACCUUUCUAGUAGGGAAUGUGGAUGAUGCUGGUAAACGUCUGGUAGAGUAUGCUAAGAAAUGCAGAGAUGAAGCAAUCAAAGUAUGUGGACCAGAUGUUCCCAUCAGUGCCAUUGGAAACACCAUAUCGGCGAUAGCAGCAGAAGGGAAUUACUAUGUAUCACCAUCUUUCAUUGGACAUGGAAUCAACACAUAUUUUCACUGCAAACCUGAUAUUUGGCACUAUGCAAACUUUUAUCCAGAGAGCAUGAUGGCUGGUUUGACAUUCACAAUAGAACCUGUGAUCUUAGAGAGUGUGGACAGGAUGGUAACAGGAGAUGAUGAUUGGACUGUGUAUGCUCAAAAUCAUACAAGAUCAGCCCAGUUUGAGCACACAAUCCUGAUAACGAAGUCAGGUUUUGAGGUCCUGACAGCUGGCGAAGAUGAAGACUUCACAGUGAAACCCAUAGAAACCACAUCAGAGGUUGACGAUCAAGCAAAAGCACUACAUAAAGAGGAUUGGACUUUCGAUCAGAAGACGUGAUAUCAACAGAAUAUUGGUUAUUCUCUUCUUGUUUAACUAUUGCUGGGUAUACAUCAAUAUCAAAGUGACCUUUGCAUGCAUCAGAAGCUGAAUGUAUGUAGUUAAAUGGAGUUCCUUUUGUUAAAGAGGAAUACCGUUGAUGCCAUCUCGCAUCCCAAGACCUGAUUAUGUCUUGAUUUUAAAAGAAAUGUUAGAAGAAUAUUUUUUUUUUCUCUCAAAAAUCCCAUGUAAACUGUAAAGAAUUGAGGUCCUGAAUAAUCAUAUGAAUAUAAAUGAUAUUCAUAUGUCUAUUCAAUUGAAAUGGCAUUGCAUUAUAAGCUUUGCAGUCCGGGAAAAGCCAAAUCACCUUCUACAAGUCAAUGGUCAGUUCUUGUGAAUCGUGGUGUGAUAUCAAAAUUAUUGUAACAGGUCUUGUCUUUUAUCUGAAAUAGACACCUCAAUCAGGAGAAAAAGUGCAAGAGGAGUCAUAUAACUGAUCCAAUUUUAAUUUCUAGCAAAAUCCAAUCACGGUCAAAUGGUAAGAUGUGUGGUUGCCUUAGGCUAUUCAGAAGCAAAAACAGGGGUAAUCAACUAAAAUUUUAGGCAAACUCAGAAUUGAGCACUCUUCCGAUUGAGGGAUUCUUCUCUCCUUUUUAGCGAGAUACAUGUAUGCUAACAACUGCCACCACAGUUUUCAUGUUUUCCUUUGAAAUUCUUGUCACUCCCUGGAAACAACUAAAGGUCUGUUCACAUCUGCCGAAGUCAACUGCACCAUUUUUUUAAAAAACGUGUUAACGAAUGGCAAAUAUGUGCAUACAUCAAAGGUCCUACACGUUUUCACUUGCCGUUUGUGUUAUAAGAUAAAAAAAGUGAAGCAUAUUAGACAUAAAGCCCGGCAUCCCAUUGCACUUUGAUCAAACGAACAAGGUACCAAUAUCUGAGUAUUGGAACAUCCGGGGAGGAACCUAGUAUUUCCAAAAGUGGACAUCUGCUAGGGCCUCUCUGCUUCAUGUUUAUGUUAACAUUUUAAUAUACACAGUCUAAAAGGUAUCAAAUUUGAGAUUUCACUUCCUAGGUUUUUUUUUCUUCAUGUGAUGCAGGAAAAUAUUGCUCAACACGGAUUGUUGCAUGUAGUUCACUUUUUAUUCCAACACCAAAAGGUAAAAACAAAAACUAUUAAUGCACAGAUUACUUUCCUUCUUUAUUUCUCUAGAUGUUUCACAGCCUCUCUCUCCCAUGUCUGUUGCAAACGAUGGCUCUGUAUCCACUAAAGGUCUUCAAUACAAAGUCUCUAAUCACAUGAAUUUUUCUUGAAGAAGAGCUGGUUGUGUUGCCUUCUCCUUUCUUGCAUUACAUGACUUUCCGAGCAAUGAAUGACUUCAUAACUCUUCUUUGGUGAAUGCUGCAUCAAGCAAUGAAUUAACAAGAAGAGAUAAUAUGGAGAAUAACCUGUUGACGAAUGUGGUGUACAGUUGUAGGCGUAUAGCCGUAUACCAACUCGGAAAUAUUCAGGCCAUCUUCUCUUCUUCUCCGGCGGAAGAGUACGCAGUCGGUCAUGCAUCGUAUGCUCGUAAAGUUCAAACCUUGGUCGCUGUGCAGCCGCUUAGGCAUGCCAAAUGUUACAAACCAGUUUUUGACGAGUACCUUUGCGACCGUAGUUGCCCGCUGGUCUCUGGUAGGUAUAGCUUGAGUGUAUUUCGUGAAGACCUCUGUCAGUACAAGGACAUUCUCCACCCUGUUAGAGCUGGGCUCUAACACUAUAAAGUCUAUCGCAAGUACCUGCAGGGGCUCUCUUGCAAUCAGUGAACCCAUUUUCAGAUGCAAUUUCCUCCCUGCUUUGGAAAGUAUGCAUCGCUGGCAGCUUUUGCAGUGGGUGCGGAUCUCUGCUUCCAUUCCUGGUCAGUAGAAGCGUUGGACUGCUAAUCUAGUAGUCAUUUCUGAAGCUUGGUGGCCAACCUCAUUAUGGAGUGCACUUAAGAGCCUGUUCUUCAAGGCUCCUGGUACCAGAAGUUGCUUGCUUGGUUGCCCCUUCAGCGUAACUCUGCGGUGUAGAAUACCAUCUACGAGAAGGAGACGUUCCCACUGUCGCAACAGUUUCCGAACUGGCUUGUCUUCAUUAGCCAUCUGCCUCGGAGUCGGGGCACUUUCUUUCUCCUUGUAGAGUAGCAGUUUUCUAAUGACUGGGUCAUUCCUUGCUGGCAUGUCUGUAUCUGUUAUCUCCAUGACUUCUUUUACUCUCACUGCAAGUGCUAAUGGCACUGGUGUAGACAAAGACGAAGGAUGGCUUUGAAGACUAACUCCAACUUCUUUGAGUCUCUGUUGUUCAAUCCCAUGGUCUAUUUUUCUGCUCAAUGCGUCUGCGUUCACAUUCAGCCUACCAGAUCUGAGCUUAAUCUCGAAAUUGAAUUGAGCAAGGUCCGCCUGCCACCUGAUCUCCGUUGCUCCCAGCUUAGCCGUCGUCUGUAAGUAGCUCAGAGGAUUGUUGUCUGUAAAUACAACAAACUCUGCCCCAAGUAGUUUGCCCGGAAUUUCUUGGUAAUUGCCCAAUAGAGCGCAAGGCGUUCCAACUUCAUACUACUGUAGUUUUGGAGCUGUGAAUAACUUUGUAACUCCUCUUUAGUGAAUGCUGCAGUUGGAAGAAGAGCAACUUCCGCUUUUUAUAAAAUUAAGAUACCAUCCCUUGUGUAAGCCUGGCUAUGAAGCCUCACAGAUGAAGCACGAUAAUAUACAUGAACCACAAUCUGGGAAACACACUAGUAACAACAAAAACUAUUUUAGCACAGUUUACUUUUCUACUUUAUUUCUCUGGAUGUGCGGCAGCCUCUCCCUCACAUGUCUGUUGAAAUCGAUGGCUCUGUAUCCACUAAAGGUCUUGCAUACAAAGUCUCUAAUUGCAUGAGUUUUUUCUUGAGGAAGAGCUAGUUGUGUUGCCUCCUCCUUUCUCUCAUUACAUGACUUUCUGAGCAAUGAAUGACUUUGUAACUCCUCUUUAAUGAAUGCUGCAUCGAGCAAUGAAUUAACCAUCUUGCAGGUGUUUAGAGCAACUUCCGCUUUUGAUAAAAUUAGGAUACCAUCCCUUGUUGUAAGCCUGGCCAUGCAGCCUCACUUUCUUUAGGAAGAGCUAGUAGGGUGCCUCCUCCUUUCUGGCAUUACAUGACUUGGUGUCAUCAGCAUAUGACUUAAGCUUAAUUUCUGUACUGUUCACUCUGGUGCCUUUAACAUCAUUAUCUCUCCUUAUCCAUAUACUCAUUAUUUCUUUACAAAUUGUAUACAGAAGGGGGCUAAAUGGGCAGCCUUGUCUAACACCACAUAUGAUUGGGAAAAAUAGAAGCAUGCCCGUUGUUCAACACACAUGAAUAAAUAUUGUACCGUCCUUCUUUCUAACGAGUACUAUGUUAGAGGCCCAGGGACUAUCUGUAGGUUCUAUUAGUCCUUUGUCUAAUAGUUCUGUUACUUGUUCUUUGAUUUCCAUUCUUUGGAACACUUAAUCCAUCACCCGAUAGGAACGUCCUAUCAUCAUCAACAACAUCAAUCAAUCACCUUAACGCAUAUACAUGUCUCCAAAAAAAAUCUAUUAAUCGAAUAUUCAUUUACUCAAAUAACAUCUCUUGUCCUGCCAAAAUUUGACGUAUAUAUUCUUCGGUUGAAAUUCACCUCAAAAAGAUUAUCUUAUUAACUAGGUAAUUUGGCCUCCCCAUUAAGUCUUUAUCAAAGUAAUGCUCAAUUGACCUAUAUA